GUGUGUGGGUCUCUUCGUCACGUUUCCAAUUCCACCCUCCUCUUCUCUUCUCCUCCUCUACUAAACCCCCCUCCAUUCCCCUUCACCUGUGUCUCCCAUCUUCUCCUUUCCUCUUCUAUCUGAGGUCUGAAGAUUUAAAGAAGGGGAAUCGUACGACUCCUCCAUUGAAGCAAACUAGCGUCUCUAAAGCAUUCCCCUGUCGCUCUGCUGAAAGCUUUCGGAUCGUGUGUCAAAAGCCUCCAAUGUCAGUGCGCCAUUGUUCUCUUCUUUGCAUGCAAGUCAUAUGCUGCUAAACAAGGCGAGAAAAGCAGCUAAGUAUUAUUUGUGUGCGUAAAUGGUUGUCCCAUACUUGAUGAUGGACCCUUUCUGUUCUUGACAUCUUCUGUGUCCAUCAAAUAAAAACAAAGUGUGAUAUCCAAUACCACCGCGGGAAAUCCAUCAAAAAGCGGUCUUUCCGGCCUCAAUAACAUCAGAAUGGGACAAAGUGCAAAAGCAAACAAAAAAGGAAGCUUUUUGGCGCCCAUGGCGUGUCCUCCCAACACUUCCGAGCCGGAAACCAGCGUCAAUUCAACGUCUUCCCUCUCCUCGGCGUCGUCGUCUUCGUCCCCUGCUCUUUCUCACACUCUUCCAGAACGGACAAUGGGCAGAUGCCGUCAAAGAGCACCAGCUUCGAGCAAGAGGAGCGGCGGCAGAGGCGGCGGCUCUGUCUCAGGGAAGCGGCUCCGGGACAGGAGCAGUCACACUCCGGCGUACCGCGGCGUCCGGAUGCGGAACUGGGGCAAGUGGGUGUCGGAGAUCCGGGAGCCGCGCAAAAAGUCGCGCAUCUGGCUGGGGACGUUCCCGACUCCGGAGAUGGCGGCGCGCGCCCACGACGUGGCCGCUCUGAGCAUCAAGGGCGCCGCCGCGGUGCUCAACUUCCCAGACCUCGCCGGCUCCCUACCCCGGCCGGCUACGCUGUCCCCCCGCGACGUCCAGGCUGCCGCCGCCAGGGCCGCCGCGAUGGACCCCAGAGCCCAGAAGGAACCCCCCGCGGCGGCGCCGGCGGACUCCGUUGAGCUCGGGGAGAUCGUAGAGCUGCCGCGGCUCGACGACGGGUGCUGCUUCCACGACCCCGCCGAUUCCCAGAACGAGUUCCUGUACGACGACGCAGUGGACUCGUGGGCGUACCCGCUGCCGUGGGUGGAAAGCGCGGAUCCGCUGUGGGCCGCGUCGGACUCUACCCUACCGACCAACUUCGAAGCUCUUCGAUGGGAUCAAGGAGUAAGCUUAAAGCUCUUUUCUUCUAAUGCUCAUUAGUCUCCUUCCUUGCUUAUGCCCUUCAAUUUUUCAUCAGGGCUUAAGGGCUUUCUUCUCUCCUUUCUUUACUAUUACAAAUGGCUUGCUCUCCUCUACAUUCUUCCUCAAUGUGUGCUGUUUCUUGGGGUUGUCCUCAUGACUCCAAUUCUCCAGUCAAUGUUGUACAGUAUUCUGGACGUGUUGGAGAAGAAGGGGAUGUAGUUCUUGGCUUGUGUGAGAAUAAUAACUUGGUGCUAUUUAUGUGUUUGUGAUCA